UGUUGCAGGGCGGAGCGUUCGUGCUUGGAUGGCGACGUCUAGACUAAAGCCGAAGCAAAGAGGUCCCAGCUCUUUUAGCGUCGUUUUUGUGAGGCCAGAAGGGAUGAGACGGGGCGGGAAGGUGCUGAUGCCUGAGACGUGAAGGGCGUCCCCUGGCUGGCGGCCUGCCAGUUUCGCGUCGCAGAGGCCUAGGGAAGGCCGUCGGGCGAGAGCUCGCCCUUCCGUGGGCGAGCAAAUUCCUCCAGGUUUGCUUGGCGGAAGAUACCCAUCGAGUCUUCACUCGAGGCCAGAGCAGUAAUCAGAGUGACGCAUCCCUCGGCCACGCUCGAGAAAGGACAGGGAGACCUCUGCCCCAAGGACCUCACUCCAGGAGCAGCCUUUAGACUGUCUGGGUUGCUGGAAGUUUGAAUCCUCUCACUCGUGAGUAGUGACUGACUGCAGUGUGCUGAGAGCUGGCCAACAGCGGGACCAAGCAGCUUCAUCAGCCAGGUUUUGUGUUAUAUUUAGGAUUUCAGGAGACAGUGUCCAAGCUAUCAGUGAUAAUAAGGCAGGUAUGGAUGAUCCUGGGGACCAGAGCAAUGAGGAAGCACCUAAAGCUAUUAAGCCCACAAGUAAAGAGUUCAGGAAGACUUGGGGGUUCCGGAGAACAACAAUUGCUAAGCGAGAGGGUGCUGGCGACACUGAGGUAGACCCUGUGGAGCAGCAGCCACACAGCCUCUCCCUGCGCCGCAGUGGGAGGCAGCCAAAGCGCACUGAGAGGGUAGAAGAGUUCCUGACCACAGUUCGACGCCGAGGAAGAAAGAAUGUGCCUGUUUCCCUUGAGGAUUCCGGCGAGGCAGCAUCCUGUCCAGUCACAGAUGUGGAAAGUGCCUCGGAAGGUAGUGUUGAGAGCAGCUCUGAGAUAAAGAGUGUUCCUGCAUCUCGUUCCAAGCGGGGGAAGGAACGCCCCACCUCUUCUGAAAAGGCCAAAGGAGGGGAUGAGCAGGAAGACACCUCUGACAGUGACAGUGAUGGGCUCACUUUGAAAGAACUUCAGAAUCGUCUUCGAAGAAAACGAGAACAAGAACCAGCAGAGAGGCCCCUGAAGGGCAUCCUGAGUCGCCUGAGGAAGAAACGGCGAGAAGAGGACUCAAGUGAUACCGUGGAGGUUGAGGUGGCCAGAGCUGGCCACGAUGUGCCACCCUGUAAGCAAGAGUCUGAGGCUGGUGAGGGAGCUGUGAACCAGGCAGCAGAAGAUGACAGAGAGGGUGAAUCAGAGGGGACAGUGGCUCAGGAACCUAAAGAUGAAGACCCUGGGGACAUGGGCAAACCUAAACCUGAUUGUGAGGUUUAUGACCCCAAUGCCCUGUACUGCAUCUGCCGCCAGCCUCACAAUAACAGGUUUAUGAUCUGUUGUGACCGCUGUGAGGAGUGGUUCCAUGGCGACUGCGUGGGAAUUUCUGAGGCUCGAGGGCGUCUCUUGGAGAGGAAUGGGGAAGAUUACAUCUGCCCAAACUGUACCAUUCUGCAAGUGCAGGAGGAUACGAAUGCAGAAGCCACUGAUGAGCAGGAAACUAGAUACAGACCUGCAAGUGUGGACGGCACAGACUGCACCAGCAUAGGGACAGUAGAGCAAAAGUCUAGUGAAGAUCAGGGGAUCAAGGGUAGAAUUGAGAAAGCCGCAAACCCCAGUGGCAAGAAAAAACUCAAGAUAUUCCAGCCUGUCCUGGAAACACCUAGCGCCUCAAGGUGCAUCGGUCCUGGGUGCUCCAGUGUGGCACAGCCUGAAUCGGUGUACUGCAGUAAUGACUGCAUUCUCAAACAUGCAGCAGCUACUAUGAGAAAUCUAAAUUCAGGUAAAGAACAAAAACCAAAGCCUAAGGAGAAAGUCAAGAUGAAGCCAGAAAAACUCAGUCUUCCAAAAUGUAGUGUUCAGGCAGGGAUUAAAAUCUCUAUACACAAGAAGCCUGCUCCAGAGAGAAAAGAAAAUGCGGCGAAGAAAGUGAUGGUGACUCCUCCUAGGAGUGACACAGUGGGGAAGGAGGCAGCCUGUGAGAGCAGCACACCCUCCUGGGCCAGCGACCACAACUACAAUGCAGUGAAGCCAGAGAAUACUGCUGCACUCUCCCCACCACGGUUCUGUAAAUCCGUGAAGGACGACAGGAGAGUGGAGGACAGAGCGGUGGGAGCAGCCACAGGCCCGAAGAAAACAGCCCUUCCAGGCUCCUCGGUGGGCAGGCAGCCUUCGUCCAGAACUCUUGUUCCAAAGAAGCUGCCUCCUUUCACUAACAUGGCAGGAGCCAAACCAGCUGUUAAAAAAUCACCAUCAGGAUUCAGGGGCCCCAUCCCCAAGAGGCCCUGGCUCUUGCCUGCCCCAUCAGGUGCCUCAGCUGCCAGGCAAGCUGGACCAAUUCCUGUUGCUAUGGUCGCUGCUUCCAAAAAGGCACUGGGCUCUGCUGCUUUGGUCGGAUCCAUAAGGAAGCCAGCGGCAACUUCUGCCCCCACAACUGUUCCAGCCACAGGACGCCUCGGGGGCACAGGCUCGGCCCAGUCACAACCAAAUUCACAAAUACGGCAAAAUAUAAGACGCUCCUUGAAAGAGAUUUUAUGGAAAAGAGUCAAUGACAGUGAUGACUUAAUCAUGACGGAAAAUGAAGUGGGAAAAAUUGCCCUCCACAUUGAGAAGGAGAUGUUUAACUUGUUUCAAGUAACAGAUAAUCGCUACAAGAGUAAAUACCGCAGUAUCAUGUUCAACCUCAAGGAUCCUAAAAAUCAGGGACUCUUCCAUCGAGUUCUGCGUGAAGAAAUUUCUUUGGCAAAACUUGUGAGAAUGAAGCCAGAAGAACUUGUGUCUAAAGAACUUUCUAUGUGGAAAGAGAAGCCAACGAAACCUGUAAUGGAGUCCAGAAGUAAACUGCAGAAUGAAAGCAAGAAGGCUGCCAUGAAGCCAGAAACCAUUCCUGACAUGGAGGACUCUCCACCUGUGUCAGACUCAGAUGAGCAGCAGGAAUCCGUACGAGCUGCCCCUGAGAAAAGCACAGCCCCCCUUCUCGAUGUGUUCAGCAGCAUGUUGGAAGACACAACGAGUCAGCACCGGGCCCAUCUUUUUGAUCUAAACUGUAAAAUUUGUACAGGUCAAGUUCUGUCAGAAGAUGAACCAGCUCCUAAAAAACAAAAAUUAUCAACUUCUGUUAAGAAAGAAGACCUAAAGCCCAAGCCCGACAGCUCUCUACCUGAUCCAGUUCCUCACUUGUCUGAGGAAGGCUCUGCAGAGAUUCUGCCAGAAAAUGCCUCGGAGCCAGACCUGGAAAGGGCGUCUGGUCCAACGCCAGAGGGAAAGUGUGUCCCUGGGCCUCCAGAGGACAGCCAUCCAGGGCCCUCCCUGACAGAAAGCUCUUCUCCCUGUCCAGCUUCCUGCGGGGCUGGGGUGGUCACCACGGUCACGGUGUCAGGCCGAGACCCCAGGACUGCUGUGGGCGGGUCCUGUGCCCACCCGGACAGCACCCACAUGCCUGAAGCCAAGCCAGACCUGCUAAAGCCCACACUGCCCUCUGUGACACUGCCCAAGUCCAUACUUGCUAAGCCGUCCUCGUCUUCUGACCCCAGGCAUCUGUCAGUUCCACCAUCACCAAGUGUCAGUGCCUCAGAGACACGAUCUCCCCCAGAAGGAGACACGACUCUCUUUUUGUCUCGCCUCAACACCAUUUGGAAAGGAUUUAUUAACAUGCAGAGUGUAGCCAAAUUUGUCACUAAGGCAUAUCCCGUCUCUGGGUGUUUCGAUUAUCUCAGUGAGGACUUGCCGGAUACGAUCCACAUCGGUGGGAGGAUUGCUCCGAAGACAGUGUGGGAUUAUGUCGGCAAGCUCAAGUCUUCCGUGUCUAAGGAGCUCUGUCUGAUUCGUUUCCACCCGGCAACAGAGGAGGAAGAGGUUGCCUACAUUUCUCUCUACUCCUAUUUUAGCAGCCGUGGCCGCUUUGGGGUUGUAGCUAAUAACAACAGGCAUGUGAAGGACCUCUACUUGAUCCCACUGAGUGCUAAGGACCCUGUGCCACCUAAACUCUUGCCCUUUGAGGGACCAGGUCUUGAGUCUCCACGUCCAAAUAUAAUCCUUGGGUUAGUGAUCUGUCAGAAAAUAAAACGUCCUUCAAAUGCUGGAGAGGCAGACAAGACAGAGGAGAAGCGGGCCCGAGUUCAACAGGAAGAAAUGGAUGUUCCAGUCUAUCCCAAAGUCACGGCAGCCUCACAGUCUGAGAGGAAGCCCCCCAAGUACCAGCUAUACUCUGCAGACGCAGUGGUGGGCACCACGCCCCCUGGGUCUCCUCCACCCCCGCCCCCUCUCCCUGAGCCCCCAGUGCUGAAGACGCUGUCAUCACUCACACCGGCAGCCACCAGCAGUGCUGCACCUGCCUCAGCAGCAGCAGUUACCACGGCAGCUCCCGCUUCACCUGUCACUUCAUCAGCUUCCAAGACGGCCACCCCCUUGGAGCACAUUCUGCAGACUCUCUUCGGAAAGAAGAAGGUGUUUGAACCCCGGGCCAGAGACUCUGCUGGGCCACCUCUAGCUCCUCAGCAGGAUUCCAAAAACAAGGGUGAGGAAGGCGUGUCCGCUGCUCCUCUGUUAGAUCCCAUCGUUCAGCAGUUUGGUCAGCUCUCAAAAGAUAAGGCUCUGGAAGAAGAGGAAGAUGACAGGCCCUAUGACCCUGAAGAAGAAUAUGACCCAGAACGAGCCUUCGACGCCCCACUUCCUGAGACAAGGACGUCCCACGAUGUGGAAAAGGCUCCAGACGCGGCUGAGAGGGAAGAGGUGGCCUAUGACCCUGAAGAUGAGACAAUUUUAGAGGAAGCCAAGGUGACCAUUGACGACCUGCCCAACAGGAUGUGUGCAGACGUGAGAAGCAGCUCCACGGAGAAGCCUACAGAGUAUACCACUGACGUCCCCACUCCCUCCUUGGUUGAACAGCAGAAAAUGCUGGAGGAACUAAACAAACAAAUUGAGGAGCAGAAGCGGCAGCUAGAGGAACAAGAAGAAGCUCUUAGGCAGCAGAGAGCUGCCGUGGGGGUUUCCAUGGCACACUUCUCCGUUUCAGAUGCAUUGAUGUCGCCACCUCCAAAGUCAUCACUGGCUAAGGGAGAGCUGUUCCCCCAGGAGCAGCAGGCCCCAGACCAGAAUCAGGGAGUCCCAGGGACAAACCAAAGCUCAGACUUGAGGCAGAAUAGAGACCCUAGGCAGGCCAGACGCCUGGCGGAGAACAGCGAGAAUGAGCCCCUCUCCAGGAGUCCGGCAGGCAGUGUUCCAGGAGUACAGGGUGCCCUGGCUACCAGGGAGGCUCCUUGUGGGGCCACAGCAGUCCAGGUGCCUGUAGCAGCCCCAGAAUCAAAGCAGUUGACGGCUCCUUGGGGUGCAGGUGAAAAGGCUGCACUGAUGUCCAAGCAGGAUGGCCAGGGGUGUGAGCACCCUGGAAACCCCGCUCCGCAGCCCCUGGAGAACAUUCAUCCCCCAGCAGCCGGAGACAGCACAGCCAGACCUGCCCGGAGAGUGCUGCUGCCUACACCUCCGAGCACUGCCUUUCAGCCUGGCUUCACCCUGCACAAUGAUGUACAGAAUUUUAAUCCUGCUGGAGGAAGAGAGCCUUUCUCAGGCCUGGUAUUUACAUCUCAGGAAAAAUCUCUUUGCCCACCUCUGUAUGAGGACCCAAGAAACACUCAGUGUGCUGGAAAGAGUGACAGCCCAGCCAGUGGUGCAGAGGGUGACAGAGAGCCACUGUCCAGGCCUGGUGAAGGCACUGCCCUAUACCCUCAGGCUGGGCAAAAGGGAGCCCUUCAGCCCCAGUUUCCAGGCCAGCGUGAAUCCAUUCCUCGCCCUUUUGGGAUGUCUGGAUUUCAUGGCCCAAAUUUCCCAGGACCCAGGGGACCAGUCCCUCCGUUUCCAGAAGAUAAUGUAGUUCCUAAGAGUGAUGGGCCAAGAGCACCUCCACCUGCCAGAUUCGGGCCCCAGAAGGCACCCAUCCCUUCCUUAUUCUUGGGGCAACAUGGGCCGCCUUAUGGAGACAAUAGGGGUCCCUCUCCCUCUUACCUUGGGCCCAGAGCGGGAGCACCAGCCCAGUUUGAGGAACACAAAGAUCCCCAUGGGGAGAAAAGGGAAUUCCAGGACACCCUGUACAGUGAGAUGACAGGUCCCUCUGCCCAGUGUGAAGGACCAGAGCAGGCUCAGUUCAUGGGAAACAGGGGCCCUUCACCUUUCCAGUUUGGAGGCCAAAGACGGCCUCUCCUGACUCAGCUAAAAGGUUCCCGAGGGGGACCCCCACCUGCCCAGUUUGGCGGCCAGAGAGGACCACCCCCUGGCCAUUUUGUGGGCCCCCGGGGGCCCCAUCCCAAUCAGUUUGAAGGACCCAGAGGCCAAGCCCCAGGUUUCAUGCCAGGGCCCCGGGGCCUUCAGCCUCAGCAGUUUGAAGAGCAGAGGGUAAACUCACCGCCUAGGUUUGCAGGUCAGAGGACACCAGCACCUAUGCCAUUUGGGGGACCAAGGGUCUCUGCGCCCUUUUCUGAAAAAAACGAGCAGACACCUCCCCGAUUUCACUUUCCGGGCCCAGGCCCGUCACCUCAAGCAAUGAAACCAUCCCCCAGACCCCUCCUGGAGCUUCCAAGCCACCCCCCGCAGCACAGGAAGGACCGAUGGGAUGAAGCUGGCCCGGCCACAGCCCUGCCUCCUAGUGCUUCGUCUGGACAGGGCCCUGAGGCUGAUGGACAGUGGGCUGUGGCAGCCGACUUCCGAGAGGGCAAAGGCCAUGAGUACAGGAACCAGACUUUUGAAGGGAGGCAGAGAGAACGGUUUGAAGCCGGGCCCAAAGAAAAAGCACUGGAGGAGCCAGAAGUCCAAGAGCCAGAGAGUCGGCAGGGCCGGGCAUUUGAGGACAGGAGGCGAGAUCGAGACCGUGGCCGGAACUGGAGUCGAGAAAGAGACUGGGAGAGGAGCCGAGAGUGGGACAGACACAGAGAGAAAGACUGCAGCCGCGAGUGGGACAAGAACAACGAGAGGAACCCAAGCCGGGACAAAGAGCGACAGGCAGAUCGGACCAAGGAGUGGGACCGAAGCCGGGAGAGAAGCAGAAAUCGGGACCGAGACAGAAGGCGGGACCGGGAUAGGUCCCGGAGCCGAGACCGUGACCGAGAGAGGGCCCGGGACAGAGAGCGAGCCGGAGAGCGCAAGGACCGCAGCAAGAGCAAAGAGAGCACCAGGGACUUGAAGCUGGAGGCCACGAAGCCCUCUGAUCCGGGCAGCACCUCUGCUUAGGCCUAGACGCCACCAUGCCGGGGCGUGGUGUCAGACGCGUUGGCUAGUCUCAUUGAGACUCAGCCCGGUAGAGAUCUUUUUAAAAAGCUAAGUUCUUAAAACAUUGUGCAAAGUUUUUGAAAUUGCUCUGAUGAACUUAGAUGCCGGAAAGAAUAUUCUGGACUUAAAAUUGCUGUAAUUUUGUAUAUACUGGUUUCUUACAAAAUUUCACAUCUUUAUCUGAUGCUUUUUUAAAAAACAACUUCAGAACUUAGUAUUUCCAUUUAAAAUUACAGAAGUGGGAAAAUAUCUACAAAAGCAUAUUGCUUUUUCAGAUUAUAGUUAUCUUUCCAAUAGCUUGACUGUUGUAAGUUUUAAGGGAAUUCCAGUGGACUCAGAGCCAUACCUUUGCUAGCUCCUCGUCUGUUGGCGUGUUUCUGAAGCUGCUCCCAGGGCUGGCCUGGGACAGUGAGCCACCUGGCCAGGGUGACCAGGUGGGUGAGCUCGGGUGCUGCCAGAGCUGUGGGAGGAGGUCUCAGGAGCUCCCCUGCAGUGUCGAGAAACCCGAACGUUGUGAAUUCAUCUUUGCUUCGUUGUGAAGAAAUUUAACUUACAGAUUUCAAUCCAGAGACAAAAAUACUUUUCUUAGUUUUGAAUUUUUUCAAAAGAAAUUCAAAGCAACAUCUAGCCUAGUAGAUAUUGUUGCAUUUGAAAUAAUAAUUUAUUCAAACAUGUUUCAAUUUUACCACCUUAAAGAGGGCAGGAGAGGUCUCUUCAGUGUGCACAGUCAGGAACAUGACGUCAGGUUCUGGCCAUGAGUGGCUCUCCCUAUCCCGAGCUCCCACUCCCUUGGCUGCCUACUUCAGGUGUUGGCUUGCGUUUGCCACUGGAAUGGAGUCAAUUUGUACAGAGUCUGAGUAGGACAGGAGUGAUUUAUUAUCAGUUCAACAACAAAACAGGUUCUCCCUGAAAUAGUGUUCUGCUUCUUGUCCCAUGUCAGGUACUUCUGAUACGGAAUAGAGAAAGCCUGGUUAACUUAUUUGACUGUACAAAUACGCUUUGAUAAUUCUUUUUAUAUUUUCAUAAACUUUGCAGAUAUAAAAUUAGUGUUUCAUUUGUUCUUUGGAGUCUUAUCCAUUGUAUUGUACAUCACUACAGAUUUUUCACUUUAUAGCACAGAUUUCUAAGUUAAGAAAACCUUGAGAAUUUAGAAAUUUGGGGUGUUUGGCGUUAGAAAUCAAGCAUCAGUAGGUUAAAUUAAAGUAGGGUCACGUUCCAACAUCUAACAUUGAUGGAAAAGGUUUUUUUAACAUUAUAAAGCAAAUUUUUCUAAUUUAAAUACACAAAUGUUAAGAUCAAGUGUGUUUCUUUAGGUUUACUUGAUAGGAAUUUCUGUAAAUUGUUAUUUUGUAUUGCAGAGUGUUAUAUCACUGUACAUUGAAAUACAGGACUUAAUAGGUUUUGUUACUUGAAGCAGAAUAAAUAUCUACAGAGA